GGCCGAUUCUGUCUACAUCUCGGCGGCAUUGCGUCUAUUUUGUCUCGGUCAAGCAUGCGGUCAACAUCAAGUUGUCGCUCAAUGUGUUCAUUCAUACAUGUCAAGGGUCUAGCGCAACGAGGAUUAUUCUUGCUCAUGUAGAGUUUCACUUGGCGAUCAUAUUUGCUUUGCAUAUAACCACGUUCAUGACUUCGGUUCUUUUCAUGUUUUCAUCGGUGGGGUGGGGGGGUUCCUUUGCGUGUGGAAUACAUUCACUCCCCCCUUUUGUGCGCAAAUCAUGUCGAGAUAGUUACGCGUUUCUGUUUCCACCACCUUGUUCACCCUGUCCAAAGACCGGACAUUUCAGGCUUAACACUAAUGAGCAUUAUGAUUUCAAGCUUGGUCUGGACAUCCCGCCGUCACAAGCCCCCUAAAGAUAUGUCUAAAUUUUUGGGCCGUCUUUCCUAGAAUCGAUAUGGCUCUAACUUGACGCACUGCUUACAUGAUGUCAACAACAUUUGAG